AUGAAACGCGAAAAUGAUUUAAUUAUCACAGCUCUUGGACAUUCGCCGCCAUUCACAACGCAAUAUCAGAAAUCAAUUAAUGAAUUGAUCUCGCUUUAUGAUCAAGUUCGAGACCUUGAAAACGAAAAUUUGGAGAAGCUCGUUCUUGCAUUAUAUAUUAAAUUAUGCGCCAAUAUUCUCUCAGUCUUAAAAAAGAAAUCUGCUCCACAAUUAUACGGUUUGGCUUAUGGAAUUGCUGAUAAAAUCGAUCUCAACUUAUCAAUGGAUGAUAUUGAUAUGGAGAAAUGGACAAAACGCAUUCUUUUCGAAUGCGCUGUUCAUAUCGAUGCGAAAAAUUCGUUUGAAGUGGACACGACAUUUAGCACCGAAGCUGUUGUGGAUAAUUUGUGUUUGUCCCAUGGUCGCUUGCAAUUCGUUCGCGGCUCGAUUUUCGACACCGCCAAAGGAAUCGUUGACAGUCAUCCGAAGACACUGAAUAUCGACAUGUCGGAUUGUGCGAGUGUCGAAGUGAUUUCCGAUGAAGUUUUCCUUCGAUUGAUUAUUUGGGCUUGCAAGUGGAAAAUGAAUCACUUGAAUGAAGUGAUAUUCGAAAAAGUGUUCGCUAGGCUUCCCGUCGUCCCAAAAGCCAAUGAUCUCAUCAAGAGCGGCCUUUCUCUGUUAGACGUCAGAAUUUUCAUUUCCUCGCUCUCGGUGAUUUCUUCAAAAACGACAGAAAGUGGACUUACUGUUCAAGAGGAGCCUCGAAUCGCCUCGAAUUUAUCGUUGUCGAAAAUUCAAAUCGACUCUUGGAAAGCUCUCAUCGAUGUGGCUACGAAAACAACCACUGUCCAACCUGCUAGUAGUCUGCGCUGCUCUCAGGUUAUCGCGGCUGUUCGACUCACGAAUGGUGGAAGUGAGGAUGUUCGUGUCCUGUUCGAGGUCUGGAAGUCGUGCCUCCAGAAUUCGGCGAAAAAUGACGAAGACGUGUUCGAGGCGAUAAAUGCGCUUAAUGAUGUAUAUCGCACGAAAAUGAAUCAGCUUUUGGCGUAUGGACCAUCAUAUCCGAAUGAUUCGACGACUCACAUUCGAUUGUCGAUGGAUCGGAAACGAGACAAUCGAGGAUUGUUCCCACUUCAAUUUGAUUAUGAGUUUGUCGAUGUGACCGAGGCCGAGCACAUUGGAGCUGUUAUUAAUAGCACGGAAGGAUACGAGUUUGAUGGCGAGCCGGAGCCAUCAACUGAUGAUUAUAGUUUUGAAACUGCAACUGAGAAUUAUUCGGAUCAGAGCGUUUCGGAAUUCUUCUCGCCUAUGAAGCAUAAUCGGAAUUCGAUGGUCCCUGAAUCCAUCAGCAAGCUAAUUCAUGAAAAUUCGAUGAUCUCGACACAAAGUGUUAUUUUGACUCCAAUUAAGGAGGUCGAAAAGAAGAAGGAAGAAACCUCGCCUGGAUUCGUUAUGAACAUUCCUCUUAUUUUUCCGCCGAAGAUCGAAACGGGAGAUUCAAAUAUUCCGCCGCAGGUAAAUGAGGAAAGUGUUGAGGAGAACGAAGAAGAUGAUGAAAAUGAGGAUGAAGAGGAGGAUAAUUUGGAAGCAGCGCUUCUCGAAUGCGAAAAAAGGCAUGAAGAGAGUGUUCGGAAUUCGCCGAAAAAGACGAUGCCGAAAGAGCAGCUUGCUGUAUUCAAAACGCCAACGAAGAACGCUGAAACGGCGACCGACGAUCUUGCUGAAAUGCCGCCGACGCCGCCUUCAUCGUUGGCCGAAUUGAAUUCGUGCAAUGAAUCGCCGGUUUUGAGCCGAGAAGAGGAUGAAAUGAUGAUGAUGAAAUUGCUCGAAUCGAGCACGAAAAUGCUCGCGAAUUUGAGAAUGAGCAAGCUUGGAUUGAAAUUUGAAGAGAAAUAUGAAGAUGACGAUAUUGUUUUCAACAAAGCUCAGGAGAAACUGAAAAUGAUUAAAAACGAUAUAAUGGAUAUUGUUGGACGCUUCCACGAUUCUUCGAAAUGUUUGGGAUGCCAGACCGAUGAUGCACAAGACAGGGCUCUGAAUGUGCUCAAAGAUUUAGCUGUGAAAUUUGACCAGGAAGGCCGAUGCUAA